AUGUCACCUCUACAACUCUUCAUCUCUAUUUUCCUACUUCUCCCACCAUCACUACCCUCCGCGGCUCUACAUGCCAAACAUGGAUGCAAGGACCGGUGCGGGGAUUUAGUGAUUCCAUAUCCAUUUGGAGUCGGCCCAAAAUGCAGCCUCAACCCACAUUUUGACAUCAACUGCGAUAAUUCAAAAGCUUACCUCUCCAUUAAUAAGAUUAAGAAACAAGUGAUUGAAUUCAAUCAAACUUACAUUCGCCUCAAAAACCCCUUCAUGAUUUCAGCUUGCUAUGAUGAGGAUCUGUCAACCCACAAUCAACAUAGUAUGACUAUGAACUUGUCUGGAACUCCCUUUGUGCUCUCGGAUAGAAACGUGCUCACUGCCAUCGGGUGUGAUGAUAUGGUGCUGCGAUCCAACAGGAGCUCCGUCCUUGGCGGCUGCUCCACGUUUUGUGCUGACAAGAAUGAUACCGGCUUCGGAGAUUGCCACUUCAAUGGUUGUUGCCAUCAAAAUCUAAUCUCCGGAAAAAGUUUCUUGGAAGCGGAACUGAUUGACUUAAGCGGAAGAUUACAGCGUAAGAAGCUUUUCCCAUGCAGCUAUGCCUUUAUCCAGGAGUAUACAGAUACGAACGAAACCGUAUUUUCAUAUCCAUUGUACUACCUGGAUAACUCAACGGCAUUGUUAAAUGAUGAUUGGGCAUCUGCAUCAAGGCCACCGGUAGUGCGCUUGGACUGGAUCGUUGGGGCUGAGAACUGCAGCCGAGCUAAGAAUUCCAACACGACUUACGCAUGUCUAGAUGAGAGGAGUGUUUGUGUUGAUUAUAGAUAUCCCUUUGAAUCUGAUUUUACAGGAUACACAUGUAGCUGCGCGCAAGGGUACGAGGGAAAUCCUUACUUACGAGGAGGAUGCCAGACAAUUUCGUCUUCAAUUGCGAAACAUGGAUGCAUAGAUCAAUGUGGGGAAGUAUCGAUUCCGUUUCCAUUUGGUGUGGGUCCGAAUUGCUACUUGGAGCCAUCUUAUGAAGUUGUUUGCAACUACAGCACCAACCCCGCAAAACCCUACCUCCGUCUUUUCAACACUCAAAUCGCGGAGCUCAACUCAUCAAAAAUUAUUGUUAACUACAGGAAUGUAUCUUCAAAUUGCUACGAUCGGUCAGAGUUAGACUAUCAAGUUGAUCGGAGCUUGAAAAUUGACUUGUUGAAAACGCCAUAUAGAUUAUCUGAUGACAACUGGAUCACCACCGUUGGCUGCAAUGUAAUGGUUGUCGGAGCUAUUGGACAAGAAAAACGAAGUUCUAUACGCAGCAGCUGCGCAGCCAUAUGCUCUGACAGAAAUAUCAAUUAUGAUGGUAGUGUUGAAGGAGGGUGCAGUUAUGGAACAUCUUAUGCAGGUGGUGGUUGUUGCAGAGUACCCAUUUCGAGAGGUACGACUUACCUUGAAUCAAAUUUGACUCAUCUUAGUGUACCACGGACAAUUAUAAAUAGUUCUUGCAGCUUCACCUUCAUUAAAUACACCGAAAGUGUAGAAGAUGGUAGUAGUUUGGAUUCAUAUACGGAUUACUUAAACCCGGUCCAACGUGAUGUUCAGCCGAGCAUGGCAUUGGAUUGGAGGAUUGGAGCGAUGAAUUGCAGAGAAGCACGACAUCUCGCUAACUUCGUAUGCCGAAACAAUAGUGAUUGUGUUGAUUUUAAUGCGACGCUUGGAGGGUACCUAUGCAACUGUUCCAAAGGAUACACAGGCAAUCCUUACCUCAAUCCAGGGUGCCUAGAUAUUGAUGAAUGCGCUGUUAAUACAACUAAUACAUGUGUCUCAAAUUCAAUUUGUGAAAAUGUUCCGGGGACGUUUCACUGCUCGUGUCUGAAAGGGUAUAUUGGUGAUGGGAAAAUAGAUGGCACAGGUUGCAUUCUGCCGCCUUCCAAAACCAAGAUGAUUAUCUUGACAGGCUCUGGAUUGGGGUUUCUGCUUCUUGUCUCUGUGUUUUUUUGGUUCUGUAAAUUUUUACGAAAGAGAAAGGAAAAAAUGGUAAGAGAUAAAUUCUUCAAACGAAAUGGUGGUCUUCUCUUACAACAACACACGAGUGAAGGUGCACUUGGAAAAACAAAAGUUUUCCCUGCAAAAGAGUUGGAGGUGGCAACAGAUAACUUUAACGAGAGCAGAAUUAUUGGACAAGGAGGGCAAGGCACUGUUUACAAAGGAAUGUUAUACGAUGGUAAGAUUGUUGCGAUAAAAAAAUCAAAGUUGGUCGAGGUGAAUCAGUUGGAACAAUUUAUAAAUGAAGUGGUGAUACUAUCGCAGAUCAAUCAUAGAAAUGUGGUCAAACUAUUGGGGUGUUGUUUGGAGACUGAGGUUCCUCUUCUUGUUUAUGAAUUCAUGCCAAACGAGACACUUUUUGAUCUAAUUCAUGAUCCAAAUUGUGAAUUUCCAUGUACAUGGAACAUGCGUUUGAAAAUCGCAACAGAUAUAGCACGGGCACUAGCGUAUUUACAUUAUGCAUCUUCCGUGCCUAUCUAUCAUAGGGAUAUCAAGUCUAGUAAUAUCCUACUAGAUGAAAAAUAUGUUGUCAAAGUAUCAGAUUUUGGAACUUCGAAAUCUGUUGCUGCAGAUCAGACUCACUUGACUACUCUAGUUAAAGGGACGUUUGGAUAUUUGGAUCCAGAGUAUUUUCAAUCUAGUCAAUUCACGGAAAAGAGUGAUGUUUAUAGCUUCGGGGUGGUUCUUGUCGAGCUUCUUACUGGGCAAAGGCCAAUAUCUCUUGAUAAAACAGAAGAGGAAAGAAGCCUAGCAAUACGGUUCCUUGUAUGCAUGGAAGGAGAAUGUAUGGACACAAUUUUAGAUCCGCAAGUUCGGGAGCAAGGAAGAAAGGAAGAGGUGACCCUAGUUGCGAAGCUUGCACAAAGAUGUUUGAACAUGAAAGGGAGAAUGAGACCAACUAUGAAAGAAGUUGCCACUGAAUUGGAAAGUUUUAGGAUGUCUGAAAUAUCAAGUGGUGUUAAUGUUGAAUCAGAAGAUGUGAUAUCUUUUGAAGACAUGCCCACUAUGAUUUCAGACAUUGAGUACACAUGGACGGACAGUUACAAAAUUGCUUCAUCAUCACCAGACACGCACCCGUUAGUGUUAUUUGAAAGUGCAUCAUAAUACAUUUAGUAGACUCAAAUGAGAUGAUCGACACUUGGUUUUAUGUUUUUUUUUAUCAUAUGUUGUAGAUUUUUAGAUUUGUGAUGUUGUUUCUUUGGUAUUUAGUUACUUCAUAACAGUGUUAUAAUUGAAGUUUACAAUAUUAAAGUAUGAAGUGAAAUUAUGAUUCUUA